CUACAAUAUCAGCUGUAGUAAUGUGCUAAUGAAACACUUUUUUAUCAAAAUCCAGUUACUGGAUAUAAUUCAACAUUACGUGACAAUAUCACAAUGCUGAACACGAAUUUUGGCAAUAACCAUAAAAAGAAUCUACUUAAAAACGAGAAAAAUUCUCAGUAUUUUCAUUGUGGGCGUGCUAUUUACAAUAGUCACAAUGAAACGAACGCUCCAAAUAUUUGUAACGUUACUGAGUCUUUGUCUAAGUUUCAGCUUCGAGUCACAUCACCAAACUUUCCAAGAAGCUUUAGAUUAUUAUCCUCAAUAUGAAACUUAUAAUCCAGUUCCAGUAUCAGUACCAGAACCAGUGCCAGUACCAGUAGUGUCCCAUGAGGCUGUUCCUUAUCCAGUAUCAGUACCAGAGCCAGUGCCAGUACAAGUGGUGACCCACCAGGCUGCUCCUUAUCCAGUUCCUGUAUCAGAGCCAGUACCAGUACCUGUCGUGACACAUCAGAUUAAUUAUCCAGUUCCAGUGCCAGAACCAGUGGCAGUGCCAGUCGUAACUCACCAGAUUGAUCGUUAUCCGGUCGCAGUACCAGAGCCAGUGCCUGUGCCAGUCGUCAGUCACCAAAUUGACCGUUAUCCGGUUCCAGUAGCAGUACCAGAACCAGUUCCGGUUUCUGUAGCUCAUUACGUAUCCGACUAUGUACCGACUUAUUCUCAUGAUUGGGUUCCAGAUUGGAUUUCGGACAAAUAUCCCUACCCUGAACAGUAUCCGUACUCGCAAUAUUAUCCCGAUUAUGCUUACUAUCCACCACAAGUUGCUGAGGUCGGUUAUCGCGUCGCACCACGAGUAGAUGUUCCUGCAUAUACUGAAGUUGAAAGUCCCGAAGUUUUUCCUAAGGGCUUUUCAUUUGGAGUAGCUAGUGGAUCCUAUCACAUCGAGGGUGCUUGGACACAAGAUUAUAAAAGUGAAAGCAUUUGGGAUCGUUGGCUUCACACUUACCCAGGUCUAGUAGUUGAUGGUUCUAAUGGCGAUACAUCAGCUGAUGCUUACAACCACAUAAAAGAAGAUGUUGAGAUUCUAAAUAAUCUUACGGCUAGGCAUUCUAAAUUCUCUAUUCCAUGGUCAGGUGUUAUGUUCGAUGGAUGUGGAGCUAUCAACCAAGCAAGAAUCGAUCAAUACAAAAGACUUAUCAAGCUUAUGAAAUUGAACCAGAUCGAACCAAUUGUAACUUUAUAUGACGGUGACCUUCCUCAGGCUCUCCAAGAUCAAGGAGGCUUCCUUUCUCCAUCUUUCAAAGACUGGUUCACCAAUUACGCCAAUGUACUGUUCGAAUGCUUAGGAGAUGAUGUCAAAUACUGGAUUACAUUCAAUGAUCCCACUAGAAUAUGCAAAGAUGGAUAUGGAGAUGGAACUUUUGCGCCUGGUAUCAGGGAUGGUCCUGGAAAUAAUGAGUAUAUUUGUGGUCACAAUCUGUUGUUGGCUCAUGCUUCAGUUUAUCAUCUCUACGAUGAUUAUUACAGAAAUUCUCAAAAAGGAAAAAUAUCUAUUGCUUUGGAAUCCGACUGGUAUCAUCCUACUUCUAGCUGCGAAACGGAUGAGUACGCAUCUGAAACAAAACUUCAAUUCCAAAUUGGUUGGUGGGCUCAUCCCAUCUAUAUCGGAGACUAUCCACCUAGAAUGAUCGAAAGAGUUCGUGGUUACUACGACGGCUACUAUCCAAGUAGUUUCAGACUACCAUUAUUCACUCAACCCGAGAUUGAUUACAUCAGAAAUACCCAUGACUUUUUCGCUCUAAAUUACGACAGUGCUUACUAUGUCACUUUGGCCGGCGAAGGAUAUUUCCGAUCACCAUGCUAUGAAUUCGAUAUUGGCGUGCAAACGACUACAUGCGAUGCGGAAUUAGUCACUACUGGAAUCAGAUAUUUGAUUAGAUGGAUCCAGAAGAACUAUUAUAAUCCCUCAAUAUUCAUCACUGGUCAUGGGUAUGGAACUUACUCCAGAGAUUGUAACGAUGAUGACCGUAUUAAUUGGAUCAAGGCUACUCUCCGAAAUGUUAGAGCCGCAAUGAUGGAAGAUGAUGCUAGAGUUUAUGGAUAUUCCUACUACUCAUACAUUGAUGGAUUUGAAUGGCUGGCCGGUUAUACAAUCAAAUACGGUUUAUACGACGUUGAAUUCAACAGUCCACUAAGAACAAGAACCGCUAGAAAAUCAGCUGCAUACUUCCAACAUCUCGCUACCACUGGUUGUAUUAAUGAACAAUGUCCGAUAAACUAUUAUGAAUAUCACUAUUGAUUAUAAUUAUUAGUAUGGAAGUUCAUAAUAAAAGUUAAUGCAAUACACUACAAAA